AUGGAUGUUCCAAUAAAAUCUGGCACAAAUAUUUUGAUAUUUGCAUACGGUCUUGUUGAUCCUGAUAUUGAUAUAACCUAUCAUGAAGAACGACGCGGUACACGGAUAUUACCGCUUCGAUCUUAUUCUAACCAACCGAUGGAGAAUAUAUUUAAUCAAUUGGAUUUCUUUGAUCUACAUUUUGAAGAUCUUAUGGUUCCAUCGACAGAUACAACAUAUUAUUGUAAAGUAUUCAAGAGUCCAACGAGAUUUCAUGCGAAGAGACAUGCCAUAGCACAUGAAAUAUUGAUUGAUCCAAGAAACAUCAAUCUUUUACAUCAUUUAGAUUUGUUUGAAUGUAAUUCGAAAGAAAUUCUUGAUGAUACGAAUUUACCCGACGGAAUUUGUGAUGAGAUUCUCACGAGAGUGAGAAUGUGCUCGUUAAAUUUAGCUACGGCCUGGGCAGUCGGUGCUGACGUGGUGACCAUGUAUCCAAAAGAAGCUGGAUAUGCGAUUAAUACCGAUAUUGGUUCGAAAUAUUUCAUGAUUAAAAUACAUUACGACAAUCCACGCUUACUAUCAAAUCUAAGAGAUAGUUCAGGAAUUCGAUUCUAUCUUGGAGAUAAUCUUCGAGAAAAUGAUAUGGGCUAUUUAGUAUUGGGAACGUCUUCUUAUCCAUCAAGUUUGGCUCUUCCACCAAAUGUCAAACAAUUUGUUGUCGAUUCUUAUUGUCCUCCUGAAGCAACUCGUAAUUUUCCUUCGUCUGGCGUUAAUGUCAUAUCUGCCUUGCCACAUACUCACUUACAAGGUACAAAUAUAACAUUUUGUGAAUGUAAAAAGAUAAGCUUGUGUACAGGUUCCACCGUCUGGACUAAAUUAAUUCGAAAUCAUACAGCUGUUCAGUAUUUAUUCAAUGCAGAAGCUUUCGAUUUCAAUCAUCAAUUUGCAAAUCAAUUGGCAAAACUAAUUAAAGUUUAUCCAGGUGGCCAAAGAACUGUUGAUGAAAUGUGUUCACAUACAUUCUCGUAUUAUCCAUUAGUUGAUAGUCUAUCAGCAUGUAUGUCAAGAAUUGAUGUCAAGUCAUGGCAAAUGAAAAUGAAUACAUCAUUAAAUAUAACGAAUAAUGACUUAGAGCAAUGGAUGAUGAACCUUACAUGGACAUCUCAAUUAGCUGCUGAAUGGCAACAAUUCUAUGAUACAGCUCAACGUGAUGUCACAAUCUAUCGAGGAAAUGGGAUUGAAUCGAAGAUUUUACCAACUCUUCCAAAAUAUAAAGAUUUAAACAUUGAAUUAUGCUCGAAAAAAACAAUGAACAAUAAUUCAUUGGGAAAUCAAUCAAAUGCCUCAAUUAUUUUCGAAAACAAAUUUUUGUUAUUAGUUUUCGUUAUUUUUGUGGUUCUCUCGACCGGGAAGUGGAUCGUAUAA